AUGACGUUAUCUAUCACACAUUUAAUUCAUAUUUGUUCGAUUGAUGGCAUUCAUAGUCCUCUUCAACAAAGGUUCCAAUCUCCCUGCUACCAGCCCUCUCCGACAAAGUCCCUAGCCCUCACCGACAAAGACCCCAGCCUUCUCCGACAAAGACCCCAGCCCUCUCCGACAGAGCCCUUAACCCUCUCCGACAGAGCCCCCAGUCCUCUCCGACAAAGCCCCCAGCCUUCUCCCCAAGAGCCCCCAGCCCUCUCCGACAGAGCCCUUAACCCUCUCCGACAAAGCCCUCAACCCUCUCCGACAAAGCCCCCAGUCCUCUCCGACAAAGCCCCCAGCCCUCUCCGGAAGAGCCCUCAACUCUCUCCGACAAAGCCCCCAGCCCUCUCCGGAAGAGCCAUCAACCCUCUCCGACAAAGCCCCCGGCCUUCUCCGACAAAGCCCUCGACCCUCUCCGAAAAAGCCCUCAACUCUCUCCGACAAAGCCCCCAGCCCUCUACGGAAGAGCCCGCAACCCUCUCCGGAAGAGCCAUCAACCCUCUCCGACAAAGCCCCCAGCCCUCUCCGACAAAGCCCUCAACUCUCUCCGACAAAGCCCCCAGCCCUCUCCGGAAGAGCCUUGUCUGA